CGGGGCACAACACUGCCCGUAGGUUACGCCGCAGCCUCGAGGGCCGCAACCACCGAUUCCACGACGGCCAUCGCUUUCAGAUGAGAGGCUCACUUCAUCAAGCCUGCCCUGACUCCUCACCUUUGCCGGACCCGCGCCGCUGGGUGAAAUGCCAGCCCUGCUUCGCAUGUACCAUUCCCUCGAAUCCCACCGGAGGCACCGCACAACAUGGAUGAUCCCACGCUCCGCCGAAGCUCCCCUUCCGUCGCCUCCUCGACCCUGAGGGCCGACAGCCCCGUGCUUAAGGAGCUCUAUGCGCUCAUUGGCGACCUGGUCGAUGCUCUGCCGCAGAGUCCCACGCCCACCAACGCCGACGCCAUACAAACUCAGUGCAAUUGCCUUCGUCGAAUACGCCAGCUCCUCAUAGAUUCCGCCGAUUCCCGCCAGGCGAAAGAUGCCUUCCGCCAAGCCAGGGGCUUCCAUGUCUUAAUAGAUACGCUGCGCUCGGUGUCCGGCUUUUACGACCCCACGAAUUUCUCCAAAGACGACCGGACUGAGUUCUUCGAGUUGCUCAAGACCGUCCUCGCAGUGCUCUCCGAGGCUCUAGAUGGCCAUGCCGGAAAUCGCAGGUACUUUUUGCGGAAGGUGGACGAAAAUGGGUGGAGGGCAUUGGAACAAGCUCUUGCUAGUACCGGCGUGGGGGGCGGUGACCAGGAUAACAGCGCCUUUGAUGAUGCGGGGCAGGAGCAGCUCUUCGGAUGCUUGGUUGCAUUUGCUUUGGGCGAGGAAAACAUGACGCGGGUCUUCCGUGAUAUUACCAGUAUACCGGAGAAGGCCACAAAGGAGGAUUCGCGCCAGGAAGACAGCUGUGCUGUUGAAGAUCGCAGCAAGGACGCAAUUACAACAGGCCGGCCCGCAGAGGAUGUCCAAAUUGACAUACUGCGCAAGCAUCUGAAUGGCUUCUUCAGUGGGAACGAAGUUCUGCAGAAUCCUGAGAUUCUUCCUACAGUCAUCAACAUGUGGCUGAUGCUAUUCAGGGAGGGAAUAACUGGUUCCCGAUCACCGCCUCUUACGCAGGCAGUACUGUUAGUAUGGAACAACAUCAUCAGUAUGUCUGCACACAACAGACUGGCCGCUCACAGUACAGCUGUUCUCCAAACAAUGCUGCCUUUGCUCUUCGAUGGAGGAGAACAAUCACCGGAGAGAAGCAUUCUUCAGACACUCGCUGAAAAAUUGAUUGCUUAUGGUAUCAACGAGCUUGAGGACGCCCGCUAUCUCCUUCGUUUGGCAGCUGAAUCCGAAGAUGCCGCCAAUUUCGUCCUGAAAGGCAUCAAAUCAUCGCGGCAGCCUCCAUUCAUACAACUUGAUAUGUCAUUACACGGAUACAGUUCGGUAGAGCUGCGAGACCUUGGAAGAACGUUCCCACCCACCACGCCAAAUAGUGGUUAUACUAUCAGCUGUUGGCUGCGUGUGGAUAAGUUUGAUGAGGACCAUCAUACUACAAUUUUCGGGGCAUACGACUCGAGUCAGACAUGCUUUGUCCUUGUCUACCUGGAAAAGGGAUCGCAUAACUUGAUAUUACAGACGUCUAUGACGGCAUCUAGACCUAGCGUCCGUUUCAAGUCCACUGCUUUCAAAGAAGGAGUUUGGUAUCAUGUCGCCAUAGUGCACCGACGGCCAAAGGUAGUCGGCCUCAGCGUCGCAAAUCUUUUCGUCAAUGGCGAAUUCGCUGAGCAAGUCAAAUGCUCUUUCCCUUCGAAUCCUCCAGUUUUCAACAACAGCGCAGAUACUUUUGCUUCGUUCUCGUCUGCAAUCAUCAAGCAUACCCCUAUCGAGGCCUUUCUUGGUACCCCACAGACCUUCGCAUCCCGGCUUGGAAGGAACAUCAUUUCAACAAAGCUGUCAUUGGCCUCGUUCCAUUUGUUUCGAGAUAUUCUAUCGGAUGAGCUGGUUGCCGUGCAUCAUAAACUCGGUCCACGGUACAGCGGCAAUUUCCAGGAUUGUCUGGGGUCUUUCUUGACCUAUCACGCCUCUGCAGAGCUGAAUUUGUACAACGAGCUUCUACAUCCAGGUAAGGAAGAAAGAUCGGAGAUUUUAUCAGCAAUGCGUCACAAAGCAGGCGACAUCCUUCCGGAAAGUAAAAUCUUGUUCGGUAUCUCUCCAACAUCUGUGAUGGACGAUGACGACCGCAAUCACAUCGACGAGUCGGAAUUGACCAAGUCUCUUUCCAAAGAUGCAGCAAAGAACCUGCGCUACUACACACGAGCUGGCGGGAAUGCGAUUGCUAUCAACGCAGCCGUUCCCUCCAUUAACGGUGCCCUCUGUCAAGCCAAUGGCGUUGCAAUUCUCACCGGAAACCCUACAGUGGUUGUGCCGCAGUCCUUUGACGACGCAAUCUGGAGAGUUGGUGGUUGCGCUGCCGUAGGUCUCAAGCUUGUUGAGCUUGCCCAGACCAGAGCCGCUUUGGUGGCAGCUGUACAGAUUAUCUUUGAAUCUGUCCAAGACAACUGGAGAAACAGUGAAGCCAUGGAAAGAGAACAUGGAUUUGCUGUCUUGACUGGCUUGCUCCGUGACAAAAUGGGCUUGGGAUCAGUCUUUGCGAAAUCAACAACAGGGCCCAUCAAUGAUCCGGAUCUCGAGACGCUAUCUUACGAACUUUUACAAAUUGUCUUGCGCUUUGUGGGUUACCACGAGGUCAGGCCCCAGGAGUCGAAGAUAAUCAACCCUCUCGCUUACAGGGCGCUUCUAAUCGAUUUCGAUUUAUGGAGAAAAUGCUCGACAGACACACAAACCCUUUACUACCGUCAGUUUGAAGUUUUCGCAAAAGACAGUAAAUAUCAUGUUUUCAACGCAAAACGGCUCACGAGAAUGCGCAUCAUCAAAAGAUUACUCGACGCCCUCAAAGGAGAAUCUUUCACAUAUGAGGUGUUUCCACACUUUAUCAACGCAUUCAAAGCCUUGUUAAAAUGCAGCGUUUCGUCUGAUAUUCUUCGUUCAACCGCUCUUUUCAUCACCUAUGCUCUUCAAGAAGGCCGCACUCUUGCUACUAGGCCAUUGCGCUCCAGCAGCAGUGUCCAGCAGAUGCGACAAGACUCCACCCCCCCACUCAUCACACGUUCCCGCGCCCCGUCUCUGCGUCCCGCAAGUCCCAAUUUGUUCGCUCAAGCUGGAAAGCUUCCGCGUCAAGAUUUGGCUGUCAAGGUUUUGGAAGCAUACGCAACGUUCCUUUGUGACGACGCCAGCUCCACGGAAAUCAAGCGCUUCGCCAAAACUGUUACGAACAAGUGGCUUGUGUAUCUCUUCGCCGAAAACGAACCGCGGGUUAUUGUACCGACGCUCAAAAUUCUUGCCCGCCUCCUAGUGGUUCAAGGUCCGCACUUUGUUAAGAAAUUCGCUCGAGAAGGAGGAUUCAUCAACCUCAAACAUCGAUUAAAAGCAUGGUGGAACGUCCCCCAAAUUUGGACCAUAUGCUUCGCCAUCUUAUUCGGGGCGGAUGUUGGCAAGAUAAAUUUUGAGCGUGACUUUGACCUUUAUAAUUUGACCGAUGCAUUCGGGGGUCAAGGCCAAGUCAACGUCAUCUAUCCGGAUGUUUUUCCGGUUAUGGUGACCAUGCUGGAGACUGGUCUCAGAACUAUUGUUCAGCAACAAGAAUCGGUAGAUAGUCCCCGCGCAAGCAAAGGUGAAAACGGUGCGGAGUCAAAGGAGGCUAGGUCCUUAACGCCAAACAUUGGCAGAAAGAGAUCAAUGUCCUUGGAGAGCGAGCUUGCUUCAAGAGCAGAACCAAAGAAGCAGCCAUCACGGGAGAGACUUGCAGAUUAUGCGGCAGUCCUCAACAGUGCCAUCCAAUUCUGUGCCGACCUGCACAUGAAAUCUGCGCACUUCCGGGAUUUCGAGGUUGUUUCGAACUAUGCACAGGAGCUUCUCUUCGUCCUGUAUCCGGUAAUCGUUACAUCUGACAGCGUCUCUGCAGAGACUGAGUUGCACUCACGGGGUUCUGGCCUCACUUUCGAGGGACAAGACGUGCUAAUCAACCCGCACUCAUCAUCCGGUGACCAAAGACCCUCUAUUGUGCGCACGACACCUGUUGAAGCGCCUCGCAGUCCGACAACAAAGAAGGCCACACCAUUACGUCGGGGUUCCUCAUUCGUACUGAUAAGUUCUGAUAAAGCCAAGUAUCCUGCUGCUGCCGCUCGACUGCAUACCAUCAUGUCGCCUAAGAAAGCCACAAAGGUAGAACUGAAGGUCGGUAAUGCUGUUGUCGAGGCUUUAUUAGAGCUCGUCAUAGGCGUUUUUCUCGAUCAGCUCCUUUACAGGAAAGACUUCACAGGUUUCGGACUCUUCUUGAAAGUACCUCCGGGCUUCCAAGAGCACCAAGCAUACUUUGAGUCCUAUGUGCUUCUGCACGCCAUGACAGCGGCUACAAAUGAGUUGCGACUUCACCAAGAUCUGCUUGCUGAGCCAAGAGUACUUACUAACCUCGCGCGUUAUGUCCUGCAUAUGGCUGAGGCUGUCUUUGAAGGCUGGUUUAUGAAUGGAGCUGAGGCUUUGCUUGAUUUUAUCGGCACAGUUCUGGACCACCUACAUCGUCCAGAUAUUGCUCAGCUGAAGAGCGUGAGACUCUGCACACAGGCCAUAUCAACCAUUCGUACCGUGUUUUUCCGCGUUGCGCUGCUCCGCUUAUCUGAGUUAGACGAGCCGGACACUGAAUUGGAAGCCGCAAUGUUUCUACAGAAAAUGGCCUACUGGCAGACCAUCAUCCUGUCACCAGAAAAUCUGGAAGGCAACUACCUUCGUCUUGUUUGUUAUCUACUCUACAACAAGCUCAUCUCUUCGGAUCAACGAGUUCGAUCAGCUGCUGCAGACUUUUGGCGCCUAAUGCUCGUACAGAAGCCCGAGGAGACGUCUCUUAUCCUCAAUCCGUCUAGCACCAGCAGUCACCGAAAGCUUUUCACAGACUUUAUGAGGCUGACAGAACUGGAUAAUGAAGCUUUCCUUGAAUGGGUUACCGAACAUCGCGGCGAGCUUGAUUACUUCUUUUUCGGCGCCAUGUCAAAAUCUUGGGAGGAUUUUGUCACCGAAGAAAAUCGCAAAACUGAAGACAGCGCCAAGAAUCGGGUCAAUAAGAGGAGAGAAAGACUGAAGCAAUGGCACUCCGAUGAAUCCACGGCAGACAACACAUGGCACCGCCACGAAAUCUCUACCACGCAUUGGAGAGCCAACAUCUUCGCUGCCGAGCGUUUGAAGCAUCAAAGGUCCCUUCAAGACCAGCAAGACAAUUUGGCCUUCCUUGCAGCAACAUUGGAAAAACUUGACCACACCCUGCGCGAGCCUUGCGCCCUCUUCAGCUCUAACGUUACCAGAAAAUGGCAACUUGAUGAGACUGAGGGGCGGAACCGCAUGAGAUUGCGAAUCUUGCCCGACAACUCCACUGGCCAGCAGGACUAUCAACCGAAACGAAAAGACUCUGAGACUGCGUCAAAGCUCAAAGUCUUCACAAAUGUUCCACAGGCUCCGUCUCCGAUGUCCGGUAAUGCCACUCCAUCAUCAGCACACCCAGAUGGCAGGAAUCGUUCUGUCAGCCAGUCGUCUGUAACAUCAAACGGCGAUGACGACUUUGAAAUGGUUGCCGACCCCAACGAGGGUGAAGACGGCUUCGAGGACAAGAACCGAAAAGUAAUGCGCUCGCUACAGCAAGGCGAUCAGGUGCAACAUGUCUUCAACGUCUCCCGUAUUGUUGGUCUGGAAGCUUGUGAAGGUCUGCUCAUUCUGGGGAAAGAUUCACUUUACCUCCUGGACAACUUCUUCCAAAGGUCUGACGGAGAAAUCAUCCGCGUCUGGCAAGCGCCUCCAGAAGAGCGUGACACGUAUGUGCAGAUGAUCUCUGGCAAGAAGGCUACAGAACGGAGACCACAGGCCGCAGACGGUGAACAGACAACGCGGCACUGGCAAUGGGCUGAAGUGAUCAGUAUCUCGAAAAGACGUUUCCUGUUCCGCGACGUUGCUAUCGAGAUCUUCUUCACGGACGGGCGAAGCUAUCUCCUCACGGCAAUAGCACCAAGGCUGCGAAAUGAGCUGCAUGCGAAGCUUUUGUCUAGAGCACCUCAUGUCAGCAGUCCGUCGGCGGCUCUGCAAUCAGAAGAUGCUUGGCGGCUAGAGUCUUUACGUACUCCGGAAGAGGCACAACCAACCCUGGGGUCGAAGUGGGCAAGUGUCUUCAACACCAUGACCUCUAAUCCUGCGACCAAGAGGUGGAUGAAAGGCGAAAUCUCCAACUUCCACUACCUCAUGCUUGUGAACACCAUGGCCGGCAGGACGUUCAAUGACCUCACGCAGUAUCCAGUAUUCCCGUGGGUGCUGGCCGACUACACUAGCGAAGAGUUGGACCUCGAUAAUCCCAAGACUUUCAGGGAUCUAUCAAAGCCCAUGGGUGCUCAGUCACUCUCGCGAGAGGCCGAGUUCAAGGACCGCUAUCAGACCUUCGCUGAAAUGAGCGAUGGUACGAGCCCGGCUUUCCAUUACGGCACUCACUACUCAUCUGCCAUGAUUGUUACUUCUUAUCUCAUCCGUCUGCAGCCAUUUGUCCAGUCAUAUCUCCUGCUUCAGGGUGGCAAUUUCGACCAUGCCGACCGGUUGUUCGACUCCAUCGAGAAGGCCUGGAACUCAGCAUCAAAGGACAACAUGACCGAUGUUCGCGAGUUGAUUCCAGAGUUUUACUACCUCCCGGAGUUCCUGAAGAAUAUGAACGGCUACAAUUUCGGCACAAAGCAAGGGUCGGGCGAAAAGAUUAACGACGUUGUCCUUCCUCCCUGGGCGAAGGGCGAUCCGGAAAUUUUUGUUACGAAGCACCGGGAGGCUUUGGAAAGCCCGUACGUCACCCAGCACCUCCACCAAUGGAUCGACCUCGUGUUUGGGUACAAGCAGCAGGGUGAGGCGGCAAUUGAGGCCACUAAUGUUUUCCAUUAUUUGUCCUAUCACGGAGCCAAGGACGUUGAUAACAUCGAGGACCCUGUUGAGCGUCUUGCCACGAUUGGAAUUAUUCACAACUUUGGCCAGACACCUCAUCAGGUGUUCCAGAAAUCUCACCCGGCCCGCGGCGAAACGUCUAAACACAAGAAGCUUGACAACUCGGCGGAGGGAUUGACGCGCCUACCGUUCACUCUUCUCGACUCCCGUGAUCGCGUGGCAGCCUUGACGUACAACACUAAGCAGGACCGUAUCCUUUGCUCGGCCGCCUUCAGGCUCAACAUCCCACCGACCUACGAAAGGUACAUGGAAUGGGGUUUCACAGAUGGCAGCGUCCGAUUCUAUGGUACGGACAACAAAAAACUGAUCGGCCUCUGGGAGCACCUCCACCAAGGCCAGAUCUCCUGUGCCACGUUUGUUGACAGCAAGACCUUGAUCACUGCUGGCACAGACUGCACGGUCUCGGUGUGGAACCUCGUCUCCACUUCCAAGUCGAUUGACCUUAUCCCCAAGGUCUGCUUCUUUGGUCACCGGAAGCCAGUCACUGUGCUAGCGACAUCUCGAGCGUUCAGUACAUUCCUCUCGGCGUCAGCAGAUGGGUCCGUCUUCCUGUGGGAUCUCAAUAGGUCAGAGUUCGUACGCAGGAUUGACGCCGGCCCUGAACCCGUACGAUGUGCGCGUAUCAACAAUGUCAACGGCCAUGUCUUGCUCUGCGCAAGGUCGAGAUUGAUGCUGUUCACACUGAACGGGCGCCUUUUGGUCAACCAGGAGGUUUGCGACACCAGUGACGCGGAGGACGUCAUCCAUUCAUGUGCUUUCUACGAGGGCGUUGGUAACGAAUGGCUGGAGCGUGAACUAAUCUUCACCGGACACCGCAAGGGUGUUGUCAACAUCUGGAACAAGGCUCUCACAUCAUCCGGCGAAUGGCGACUCGACCUCGUCAAACGCCUCAACCACAUCGACAGCAACCGCGAGGACGGCAGCAACAUCCCCACGGCUAUUACAUACAUCCUUCCCUUAGCACAGACGGUGUACACAGGCGACGACGACGGCAAAGUUUACGAGUGGGAUUGCGUACAGCGGCAUAGCGGAUCAUAGGAGGGCAGGUGGGUAGAGGCGAGCAGCUGAGAUAAAAGAGCAUUUCAGGGCGCAGGCAUGCUAGAACGAUGUUGUUGGGGGAGCAUGAGCAUGAAGGGGUGUUGUUGGCUGUUGAGAUUUUUUUGUCGUUUUUGUUUCCUUUCUUUGGCGCGCGGGAGGAAUCGUUGUUGUUGGGGCAGAGUCAGUCAGUCAGUCAGUCGGCCGGUAUCUGCUAUAGCGGGUUUCGUGGUAGGAAUAUUACUUCUGUCUGAUGCAUGGUUUGGGCUGUGUGUUCUUGGGUGGAUUGUUUGUGAGAUCUUGGUAUGCUGCCAGGCGGUGACGUGGCAUUGUGUCCUCUGCCUUUCGCCAUGCCGACACUUAUCCUUGAAGGAUUCUUUACUGAAGCUUUAGGCGUGCUCUACGCGGUGCAGCUAUGCCAUUGUGGGUG